AUGCAGGUGGCGGGCAUAAUGAUGAUAGUAUUUUUGGGAACCUUAUCGGAAGUUUUAACUGGCGAAGCUCUUUCGAAUUCCAUUCUCUUAGAUGAUAUUUUGUCGGAAGAUUACAUGCCAGGCACUCUACUGAUGUUGGAAAAUCCGAAAGGAAUUAAUAAAUUUGAUAAUAAUUAUACGGAAUAUAAUCAAGAAGAUGACAGAGAUUAUCCGAAAUUGGAUGGAACAUUUCGGAAAGCUAUGGAAACGAUGGAUUUUCAUAGGUCCAUGAUGAAUCAAUAUCUCUGUCGGAGUUUUUUGGCUGAACAGAUAGUUUCGAAUAUGUCAACUCUCACUAGGGUGAAGCGGAAGAUGGGUCACGUAACUCCGGGAAUUGGUGAACCGACGACAACUUCCCGCUUUGAUGUCAAAAAAAAUUUAAUAUACGACGAGGGCUCGUCGGCUUACAAAGAUUGGUUAACAAAAAGUACAACUUUAGAAGACAUCUAUCGACAUUACGAUCAGGCUGAAAAUAAAAUUGAUGUGGUAGAAGAACCAGAAGAAAAUAUCGAAGACUUCGAAGAAGGAUAUAAUAUGCAGCACACGAAUAAACAACUAGAAGUAAAAAUGCCUGUCAACCAUCGUCAUGAAGAAACAUAUUACUCAGGAGGAUACUCCAAUAAUUAUGGUCCAUCACCCGAUUACCACUACUCUAGUGGAGGCGGUGGAGGCUAUUCGGGAGGAGGUCACUCAGCCGGAGGAGGUUAUUCGGGAGUAGGUCAUUCCGGUGGUGGAGGUGGUUAUCAAAUACACCAACCAGAAAGUCACAUUACAUAUGAGCAGCCUGAACCAGAAUACCACAGUUCACCUCCAGCCAAAUACCAUGUCUACAACUAUUAUAGUAAAGAUAAGGAUUUAGCGGAUCUAUUUGAAAUUGCUCUGACAGCUUUGGCGUUUCUGGCAUUCAAAAUGUUUGUUGUACAUGUUAUUAUGUGCAUAGCUUCCGUAAAUACCAAUGCGACAACAACAGCUAUCAGUAUGGCCAUGAGUAUGAGUCCCACAGCUACUGGAACAGGCACUGGAACUGGAACAGGUACUGGAACUGGUACUGGUAUGGAUACAGGAACUGGAACAGGUACGAUGAGUCCGGAAACCACGAGCGCGGGAGGUGGAAACACGGGCGGUGGUACCACCAGUACUGGUGGUGGAACUACCGGUACUGGAGGUGGUACUGCUGGUGGUACAGGUAACGGUGGUGGGGGCACUAGCACAGGAGGUGGUACUACGGGUACCGGAGGUGGCACAACAGCAACAGGAGGAGGAAUGGAUAAUAAUACACCUAGCACAGGUGGAGGUACAACUGGAACUGGAGGUGGAAUGGAUGGCGGUACCACUGGAAACGACGCCGGAAUGGACGGUGGUACAACCAGCACAGGUGGAGGUUCCACUGGGACUGCAGGUGGAAUGGAUGGUGAUACUGCAAGCACAGGUGGAGGUCCCACUGAUACUGCAGGUGGGAUGGAUGGUGGUACUGGAGGCACAGGUGAUGGCAUGAACGGUGGUACAGGCACAGGAAAUGGAGGAAACGAUGGUGACGGAACUGGUACAGGCGCUACAGGUAGUACUUCUCCAGGUGACGGUGAUGAUGGCGGAGAUGACAAUUCUGCUGCUACUGGUGCCGGUACGGGAACUGAUGGUGGACGCGAUACGUUUCAAUUUAGGAUCAAAAGGACGGCUGGACCAACAAUCACCAAUCCUAAUAAUAUGAUUAUAAAUGAAUUGGCUAGAAAAGUAUUAGUCGCGAUUGAGAGCGUUUUGAUAGCACACAGUGAUGAUGGAGUUUGCUUGAGGAAAACGCUAUGUGAGAACAAUAAGUGGUCCAGAAGUCUCGAAGGAAGGCAUAAAAUAUUUAUUCCUUUGUGGAGUUUGGGUAUGAGCUGGUUGUCGGGAAGAAUUGUGAAAAAUGUGGCUCCAUCUACUUCAAUGCUCGACACCCUUAAAGCCUCUAUAUUGGGUUUAGGAAAAGCCAAUUGUGAAAUCAUAUAUCAGAAAUGCGAUCUGAGAAGACAUGUUUUGGAGCGGAGGAAAAGGCGAAAGAGACGUAGAAGGGGGACUUCAUAGUAAUCCGUUUCUAUUUAUAGAACUACUAACUCAAACAGGUUUUAAUAAAAAUGUUAAUUUAUUGAUUGUAAAAAGUAUUUAUUAUAUUAUUUAUUUUU